AAACCUGAUUGUCCGUGAAAUAAAAUCACUCCUAGCUAGUUGCCUUUGGAGCCACGUUUCUCUUUCCUUUUCACAAACUCCUCUAUAUAGGGCCUUAUGUUUUUCUUCUCAACAUUUGCCAACUCUUUAAGCUACUUUCUUUCCUCUUCUAUGGCCUCUUUCUCUCCUUUUCUCUCCCUUUUUCACUCACCUGUCUCUAUUUAAGCCUAGCUAGCUCAAUUUUAUUCUUCAAGACUGUCUAGUUUGCUAUAAGUUCUUUUUUAAGGUAGGGAAAAAGGUGGUUUCUUGGUUUUUAUUGUGUAAGGAAGAAAGGGUUGGUGAUAAAGAUGGAGAAUUUUGGUGGUAAGGAAGAUGAGCAGGUGUUUCUGCCUCCGGGGUUUCGGUUUCAUCCGACUGAUGAAGAGCUGAUCACUCAUUAUUUGUCCAAGAAGGUUCUUGACAGUAACUUCUCAGCUACUGCUAUUGGAGAAGUUGAUAUGAACAAGAUUGAGCCUUGGGAUUUACCAAGGAGAGCAAAAAUGGGGGAAAAAGAGUGGUAUUUUUUCUGUGUGAGGGACAAGAAGUACCCAACUGGGCUGAGAACAAAUAGAGCUACUACUGCAGGGUACUGGAAAGCCACUGGCAAAGAUAAGGAGAUUUUUCGCGGAAAAUCUCUGGUUGGAAUGAAGAAAACUCUGGUUUUCUACAGAGGAAGAGCUCCAAAAGGCGAAAAAAGCAACUGGGUGAUUCAUGAAUAUAGGCUGGAGGGGAGAUUUUCCAUCCAUAAUUUACCUAAAACUGCAAAGAAUGAGUGGGUGAUUUGCAGGGUGUUCAAGAAAACAUCUGGAGGGAAAAAAAUUCACAUCUCUGGAUUAUUGAGUUCGAAUACUAUUGAUGAUGAAAUGAUUCCAGAUGUUAUGCCACAGCUUCUGGAUUCUUCGACUAGUGAUCGAUUAACUCCCAAUGUUACAGAGUCACUUCACGUGCCCUGCUUCUCCAAUGCUAUCGACAUUCAAUCAUCUCAGAAAGAUUUAUUCAGUUACUUCAACAACAAUCCGGGCUACCCCAUGUCCUCGAACACAUCUGAAUUUUUCCAGAGGUUUUCGCAUCCAAAUUUGUACCCUGGAGUCCAAUCCGCUCAAAUACCAGUGAAUUUUCAGUAUCCAAGUACCAUGGCCAUGCAAGACCAGUCGAUUUUAAGGGGCUUGUUUGAGAAUUACGGUUCAAAUACGCGACAAAACCUUAAAACCGAGAAGGAAAUGGUGAGUGUCUCUCAGGAAACAGGCUUAAGCACUGAAGUAAACACUGAAAUCUCCUCAGUUGUGUCGAAUCUCGACAUGGGAAGGAGGACAUUUGAUGAUCAACAAGCUCCAACAGCUUCAGUUGGAGCACUGGAAUAUGAUUGUCUUUGGAGCUAUUAAUCUGUUAUACCAGACGCAGAGAAGGAUAAUAAGCAUCUUCAGACAGAGCUAAAUAAGUAUCAACUGCAACAAUUAUUCUUAUUGUGUUAGAUUUAUUAUGUGAUUGUUAAAUGUAUAGAUUUAUCAACUCUAUGACCCCUAAAAUUACAUAUAUUGUAAUGAUGAAACUUGCUUGUAAUAUAUAUUAUAAGAUUUUCAUUUUAA